UGCUGCGCCAAGAGGAGAAUUUCUGCUCGACAUUCUGGCCAUUCAUCCUCCUCUUGUACCCAGAGCAGCCCAGACCCCGAGGAUCCGGGCCGACGUCAUACGACCGUUGCAACACCCCCAAACCCCCUUGGCGAUGUUUCGAUGCACGCAAUACGUGUAAUAUAGCAAACAGUCGUACUUCCUCGGAGCCAUCGCGUCGCUUGGCAAAUCUCUUCUCCGUGACAUAUAAAGACCCUGCCGUCCGUCCCUUAACCACCAUGUACCUCAUCGAAUACAUUCAUCGCUCGAUACAGAUUUCAGAAAUCCUUCGUGAAAGAUACUUACCAUGUCGACGCACCACCCCGGAACCUGGGUCGCGAACAGCAGUGACCAAGUCGACGUCACCGAUGCCCCCUGGGCCCUCACAACCCAUCUGCUCGCAAUCAACAACCAGCAAAUGCGCCGCGUCACAAGACAUCCCUUCCUAGAGCGUGCCGCAAAGGGCACAUUGUCUAAGCAUCUGGUAGCGCAGUGGCUAUCAAACGAUAGGCAGUAUAUUGAGGGCUAUAUCUCCAUUUCCCAGCACACGCUCAACCUGCUUCGCAGUACUCACAACUCUACAACUGCACCAGGAGCUGAGCCGGAUAUCGAAACACGCCUGAUUACAUGGCUAGAGGCUGCAAUCAAGAAUGGAGAGCGUGAAAGGGAUUUGUUUCAGGAAGUCGCCGACAUUUACAAGAUCGAUAUGUAUCCUACACCUUUGCAAGACAAUGUCAAAUCGGAGGGCCUACGUCGCUAUGAAGCCCUGUUCAACAGCGUCACAUCUCAACAACCAAACUCUUUUAUCCCCUGGCUAGAAGGCGCAGUCCUGCUAUGGGCAACCGAGAAGAUCUACUAUGAAGCCUGGACAUGGGCCCGCCGUCAAGAUACCAAGGGAUCGCCACGAAGCUACGAAAACGAUUUGGACGGCGGCGCCAUGCGCAGGGAGUUUAUUCCCAACUGGUCAAAUCGUGUUUUCCUCAUGUUCGUUGAGCAACUAGAACGCAUCAUCAACGAGGGUGUCAGCCUAGCAGUGAACCGUGACGCUCAGCGGUGGAUCGACGUGAAGAGCAGAGCGGAUCCAAUCUGGAGGGCGUUGCUGAAUGCCGAGGAAGCUUUCUGGCCAGACAUCCAUGGCAGUGAGUGCGGUUUACUUGAGCCUGGUGUCCAACGACGCGAAGACGGCAGAAUGGAUGGCACCACCGUGCGAAGUACCGGCGAUAAUGAGAUAGUGAACGAGCAGCAGGGUGGCCGAGCAGGUGAUAUGCCCGCAAUGCGCAACCAGCAGAUGGUCACAUAGUCACGAGAUGAAAUUGUCCUUGGAGUUUGGUGGUUUUAUUGUAGAUGCAUAUAGUAUUUCGUACAAGUAUAUUGUAAUGAACGGAUUUAUCACUGGG